UGGAUCAUGUGACCUACAGGUAGGGGAGCUGCGGAAAAGCAGCUGGAUCCCAAUUCUUUGCUGUCUUUCUGCAGAGGAGGCGAAGGCGGUUGGCUGCAACUGGAGAUGUGAAUUGCCAGUUGUGGGCCUGAGUUACUGUCCUUGCUGGUGCAACCCGGGCGCUGUUGGGACAAUGGGACUCCGGAGAGCCAGUCUGUGGCGUUUGCUGCUCUUGUUACAGACAGCCGUUGAAGUGAUGGGGAGCCAACCCUGCAACAAGAAGUACUUUGACCAAGACUCCAUGGUGUGCGUUUGCGACCGCACCUAUUGUGACACCCAGGACCCCGUCUCCCUCCCUUCGCCCGGCUUCUUUGUCAAGUACGAGAGCAGCAAAUCCGGCCAGCGGAUGGAGCGCAGCGAAGGGAAGUUCCAGGACAAAACAUCCACCCCAGCUCUGGUUCUGGUUCUGGAGACAGCCCAACGGUAUCAAACGAUAAAGGGAUUCGGCGGUGCUGUCACAGAUGCAGCUGCUAUGAAUAUAUUAUCUCUGACUCCCGACACCCAGAAUCAUCUGCUCCGUUCCUACUUUUCAGACGAAGGUGAGAGCCAGGGGUGAGUCAGUACUUGGAGGGUCAGA